GAAUCAUUUUCCCGAAUAUGUUCUUAGAAGAGGGUGACGAAGCUCACGAGGUUCCGAAGCCACGCCGGUAACCCACGGCCACCAUUCACUCUUCCCACACUCUCACAACCACCACUCACCACCACCACCACCGCCGUCAUCACCACCGUCACUUCACUCAAAACGCCGCCGCCGCCGCUCGCAAUUCCCCAAUUCAACACAACCGCCGCAAAACAACCUUCUUCUCCGUCGCUUCCAUGAAUCCCUCCGCCGCAGCGCCACUCUGGAUCCCCGAAGAUGAUUUUCUCCUCAAGAACGCCGUCGAGGCUGGAGCUUCGCUCGAAUCGCUGGCCAAAGGAGCGGUUCGAUUCUCCCGGAGGUACUCCCUCACGCAAAUUCAGGAUCGGUGGCGCUCUAUCCUCUAUGGUCCUGAAGAAUCGGCUAAGGCUGCAGCUUCCAUGCUGAAUUUGGAGCUUAGCAGGUUCGCCGGCGCCGGAGCCGGAGCCAAGGAAGCAGCGUCCGACGCCGGCAACGGCCGCCGGGUGAAGAUGAAAAUCGAGACGUUCCGCAAGAGGAAAAGGGAUUCGCUCCGGAAGCAGUACUACGAGAGGAUGAGGAUGCGGAAGUUGAUUCGCAUGGAGGUUUUGGACUCUUUGGAUAUUGGGUUCGAUGAUGGAGUGAGAAUCGUUGAUGACGCGGUUGGCUAUGAAGGAGAUGAAAUUGGAGGUAAUUUGAAUUGUGACAUGAACCAUUUGCAUGUGGAUAGUGUUGUUGGUUUUGAUGAAGCAGGGGUGGGGCCAUUGAAUUCAAUGAGUGAUGCCCCUCUGUGGAAGACAAUUGAGGAUGUUUCUGCUCCUGUUUUGCCUAGUGGCAAUGCUGUGUUGAGUGUUCCUGGUGGUGCUGCUGUGUUGGGAGAGGAGGGUGUGCGGAUUUCUGAUUCUCUCAUGGAUUUGACCAAUGGGGAUGAUGAGGGGCUUCUGUUGGAUGGGACCGCGAAGGAGAAGCUGGGUUGUGAUGAUAAAAUUGUUUCUGAGAAUGUUGAUGCAUCUGUUGUUGUUCCUGAAUUGCUGAAGCUGGAUACAGGAACAAAACUUGCUGUGCGAAGGGGGUCAUCUGCUGCUGAGCUAGGGGUUGGUUUCAACUCUUCAGGUGAAAGUCAUGGGGAUAUGGAUCUGGUUUCUGAUCCGGGAAAUGAAGUACGACCAUCAUCGGCUACUGCUGCAGUACAAAGUCCUCACCCUGAAAGAAGUGAGGACCUUAGGAUCUGUGUUUUGAACACUGAGGAUACUGAUGUCCCUGUUAAUGACAGUGUAAAUCUAUCUGUUGUAGCUCCCCGUUCGGUGGCUAUGAAAUCUCAACGGGUUGCUAAUGACUGUGUAAAUGUAUCUGAUGUAGUUCCUCGUUCGGUGGUUGCUAAUGACUGUGUAAAUGUAUCUGUUGUAGCUCCUCGUUCGGUGCCUCUGAAAUCUCAAUCGAUUGCUAAAGAGGUGGGUUAUUCAGAUCCCUCUAUUAGUAAUCAAAGGAAAAAUGUACCAGCCGGAAGCUUGGAGAAAGAAGAAAUGAACAGGGCGGGUUUAGUGCCUACUAUAAACUCAAGCAAUACGCCUAUUGGGGUUGUAAUGAAAGCUGAAAUUUCUACUGGAAACUCUAUUUCUGCAGUUUCUAGACAGAAUAAUAAUGUCAACAUCAAGCCAAGUCAGAGCAGAUUAGGGCAUGCAAAACAAGAGGAAAUCGAUGCUUUGGCUUCUGCUGUAGUUUAUGCACAUCCAAAGGCAAAGGAUCAUAUGGCUUCGAAGAAAUUGGAAGAAAAAUCAUUGUCACACCGUCAGGAAGAAGGAGAUGAUGAUGAUAGCGAUGCUGAUGACAGCGAUGAGGAUGAAAUUCCUUACUAUUCUGAUGCUGAGAAAAUGAUUCUUGAAAUGGAUUUAUGUCCAGCUGAUGAAGAUAUAAAUGCAAGUAGAGAAGUCUUGGAGUAUCAACAUGAAGAAACAAAGAGGGCCAUCAUGAGAUUGGAGCAAUGUGCUCAUGCCUUCACGCAAAGAGCCAUUGCAUCUGAAGGUGCACUUGCGGUAUUGUAUGGGCGCAAGAUGAAGCAGUAUAUUAAGAAAAGUGAGGUCAUACUUGGCAGAGCAACAGAAGGUGUGCAAGUUGAUAUUGACUUAGGAAGAGAAGGGCGUGCUAACAAAAUAUCUAGAAGACAAGCCUUGAUAAAGAUGGAUGCAAAUGGUUCUUUCAUUAUUAAGAAUCUUGGCAGGAGAUCUAUCUUCUUGAAUGGCAAAGAAGUUGCCCAUGGACAGCUGCGUGGUCUCAGUCCUAGUUGUUUGAUCGAGAUUACUGGCCUGUCGUUCGUCUUUGAGUUCAAUAGCAUGUCUGUUAAGAGGUUUUUAGAAAAUGUGGAUCCAAAGAGAGAAAGCUGAAAGGAAGACAUAUUAGGAUAAUGUCAUGCCGGCCAAAAAAUAGAAGUUAGAACAGUUAUUAUUUAACAUUAAGGUAUUGUCAUCCAGUCAGAACUCAUAGUAGACAUGUGAUGUAGAUUUAAGAUAUAAUAACUAAAGAAGCUAUAUAAUUAUUAUAAAUAUAGAUGGGGGAACUUAAUUGUUAUUAA